AAGAACUUUCCAUAUCAAAGGAAAACUGAGUGAAAGGAGGCAAAGGUGGUACUUUGAGUUUGAGAGGAGCCGAAGCCACUCUCAAAAAAUAACUUGAGGCCUUUGUCAGGCUUCACUCUCAGAUGGGUCAGCCCCAAUUGUCUAAAAAUCAGACCUCUCCGCCCUCCUCCCCUUUAUAGGUCCCACCACACACAAUACAAUCUCUCAAUACCAAACCUCUCUCAGCGGAGGUAGUAGUACUAAUUGUUUCACCCAUUUUUCUCUACCUAUAUCUCUAUUUCUCUCUCUCUCUCUCUCUCUCUCUCUGAAUCUCUGUGUUCAUCUUCUUCUUCUUCUCCUCAUGGACAAGACAAGUGAGAGAGAAACCCAUGACUUCAUGAACGUUGAAUCAUUCUCUCAGCUCCCUUUCAUUCGACCAGCACCAGUUAGAGAAAAAAGCAUUAGGCUUUUUGGCAUAGAGUUUGGCAGUGACAACAACAUCCCAGCUUCCACCACAGAUGAGUCCGAGUCAGCUGAGCUCAACGCAUGCGAUGAUAUUGCAAAAGACAACAACAAUAGCACCAACAACAACAGUGAAAACGGUGAGAGCAACCGGAGAUUCGAGUGCCAUUACUGUUGUCGAAACUUCCCUACCUCUCAAGCCUUAGGGGGUCACCAAAACGCACAUAAAAGGGAACGUCAACACGCAAAAAGAGCACACCUUCAGUCAGCUAUGGUGCAUAGUAGUCUCAAUGAUGCACACGUCUAUGGCCUCAUGAAUUACCACCGGCUUGGCUCUUCUCCAAUGCCACCUAUGACUUACCCUUCAUGGAACACUAAUAAUUCUAACACAGCCAGGUAUUAUGGAAGCCACACUAGCUCGUAUUCUCAGCCUGCACCUAUAAAUGGGAGUCCUUUACCUUUGUGGAGAAUCCCAACUGUCCAAAGUAGUAACCCUACUACUCGGAACUCGAUGCACCCUUUGCCACUGUUUGCUGGUGAUGAGUUAAAGCCUUCACACUCGCAGGUUGGUGGCUCUACUUCACAAAGCAGGUAUGUUUAUGAAUCCAAAGCGAGCGUGACAGACCAUGUCAGUUUGGAUCUUCAUCUUUAGUGAUAUAUUUCAUCGAUUACAUCGUGAAGAAGAAUUUGAGAUUUAGAGCUACUGGCAAUCUUUUGAUAGGCAAAUGAGGAAAUUCUAAGGAACCCCCAUAACUGUUUCUUUUUUUUUUUUUUUUUUUUUUUUUUCCUAUUUUUUAAUUUGACAUCGUAAUUUUAGUACGAGUUAAUAUGUAUAUGAAAUGAAAAAAAAAUUAAUUGUUUUGUUAA